UUCACAGCAACAACAACAACAGCUUCUCCGGAAACCUGCUCGCAUUUAAAGCUGCCCAUUUUUGGAGCGCUUCCAUUUGGGUCUAAGCGCACUUUGACACUCGGGCUCGGGGAGGCGGAUCUGCUGCUGUCCAGUGCUGAAGUUGCAUUUCGCCUGUGCAGAACGGAUCGUGCACAGCUGAAGCAACGGAGCUUCCUCGUCUUUCCUCCCACUCAGGUGUUUGACUUUCAGCCCUGCAGGACCAACUCUUCUAUUGUGCGGUGGAUAAAGAGAGGAUAACGUGCUGGAAGAGGAUUUCAGCUCUGCGCUCUAAACAUGCCAAGGUCUUUUUUGGUGAAAAAGGUGAAGCUAGAUGAUUUCUCAUCCACGGAACUUGAGAGCGCGUACGGCAGAUCCAGGACCGAUCUUAGCUUUCGGAUACACGACAAAGGUUACAUCAGUGACUACAUCACCCCGGCCGUUUAUGAUGGAGAAAGUGACGGUGGCACUAAAGUACCUUCUCCAGGACCGAUUUAUGACAGCAACCACAGUGACUACGGAGCACCUGACUCGGACCAGCCGGACAGCCCGCAGUCAGAGAUCACGUCCGGGUACAUCAACGGCGACAAUGCGGUGAGCGAAGGUUACGCCGUGGACGCUUUCUUCAUCACGGAUGGCAGGUCCCGUCGGAAAGUGAUCAGCAGCUCACGGACCCUCCAGAGGCACACGUGCAACGAAUGUGGCAAAACCUACGCAACGUCUUCCAACCUGAGCAGGCACAAACAGACGCACCGGAGCCUGGACAGCAAGAUGGCCAAAAAGUGCCCGACAUGUGGGAAAGUGUACGUGUCCAUGCCAGCCAUGGCCAUGCACCUGCUUACCCAUGACCUCAAGCACAAGUGUGACAUAUGUGGGAAAGCGUUCAGCAGACCUUGGCUACUGCAGGGCCACAUGCGCUCUCACACGGGCGAGAAGCCCUUUGGAUGUGCACACUGUGGAAAAGCGUUCGCCGACCGCUCCAACCUGCGGGCGCACAUGCAGACCCACUCCGCGUUUAAGCAUUACAAAUGCAAGCGAUGCAACAAAACUUUCGCACUCAAGUCCUAUCUGAACAAGCACUACGAGUCGGCAUGCUUUAAAGGCGCGUUCUCGCCGCUUGCGUCCGUCGAGGCGUGACUUCCGGUCUGUAAACGCACACUCCCCCCGUCCCGUCACGUGUUAGGAUGAUUACGCUAUCUUACCCAGUUAUGUCUCACAAUCAAAAUGAAACCGAAUAAUAGCACAAUUUUGUCAAUUUUUUUUUUCUUUUGCAAAGUUGACCUUAAAGGAAUAUGGAACCUUCGCAUGCUUUUCAGCAACCAUGUCCUUAAAUGACAUUCAGACAGUUCACCUCGACGCUGCGCAACACUUGACUAUGACUGGCGUCGAAUGAAGGUUUGAGUGACACCAUGUUCCUCAUUAAAAUAAAACUCUUUUGUAUUGUCAGUGGAUAUUAUCACACUGCUGCAAGUGGCCCAAACGUAUUCACAAUCGAGGUAAACCGGUAUUUAUUUAUUUAAUUUUUUUAAAUAUUUAUUAUUUGUUUGUUUUAAUUACUUCAUCUAGGAUGUAUGAUUCUCUAUGAUGCACUGAAAGUGUGAUUUAUUUUAUUUAUUUUUUUA